UGUUUAUAUGGUGAUAAUAAUGUGUGUGUGGCGGCGGUGUUGCAGGUGUUGUUAAUAUGGUUAUUACAGGUGUUUGUCAGGUGUAAGGUCUGGGUUGGGUACGAGAGCUAGACGAAGAUGUCAAAGAGAGCUCUGGAUGACGGGGGCUCUAGCUCUGCACCCCCGGCCAAGAACCUCAAGGUUCAGUUCGAACCCAUCCAGCUGGGCUCUAUUUCCACCCUCGACGAGAUGGAUAUGAAAACCCUGCGUUUCCAGAACCACAAGUUGUAUCAGAGACUAGAGCAGAGGAAGAGGAUAGAGGAUGAGUUAAGGAGUCGUAUAGAGCAACUGGAGAAGCGUCAGACACAGAGUGAUGACGUACUCACCGUCAUCAACCGUUACUGGAACCAAUUCAAUGAGGACAUAAGACUCAUGUUGCAGCGCUUCGACGCAGAGACGGCCGAUGAGUCAGAAACACGAAACGAGAGUGAGGCAACUACCUCGUUCCUGACGCAGUUGUCCACCUGGGACCGGGAGGAGCUGGACGAGAAGUUGGUGAACCGUGUGCAGGUGUCGAAGCGAGCUGUCGCCAAGAUCGUACAAGCCUUCGACCGCUUGCACCAACGCAACGAGAAAGUUGCCCGGGCCCUCAAGGGUGAAGGGCUUGAAGUUGAGACACCUCCAGUGCUGGAAGAGAGUGUGAGAGAACUCAACUCUGAACUUCAGACUGAGAACAAGAACCUUCAUGCUCAGAACCUCUCCUUCCAUGAGAAGCAUCACCUUAUGUGUCUCAAGGUAGCGGAGCUGGAGGAGAAGCUCCAGGCUAUGGACACGGAGAAGGCAGAGAUGCAGAACCGCAUCGAGGACAUGGAGUACGACCUGAACAAGACACGUUCACGGUGUGAGAAGGUGGAGAGUCACUUGGCGGACACUUGCCAGAAGUUGAAAGCCAUCCAGGAUGAGUGUGGCCUCAACUCCAGCGGCAAUGUCAAGGCCGGAGACGUUCUCCCUGGCGGUGGAGGUGGAGGCAGCGGAGGCAAGAUUACUUCCACCAUCUCCUCCAAGAAAAUGGAAGAGGUGAACAGCGAGCUUGAAGAGCAGAGAGAACUGAGUGCCAAGCGACUGGAUGAGCUGGAGAAGAAGACCAACGAACACAAGGAGGCGCUCAAGGAAGUCGAGAGACUCAAGAUGGAUAGUGAGGAAUUGACCAUCCAGAAGAAGUUACGAGCAGAAGUAAUUCAACUGGAGGACAUGCAGGCCCAGGUACGCAAGGAGUACGAGAUGUUGAGGAUCGAGUUCGAACAGAACCUUGCCGCUAACGAGCAGACAGGACCCAUCAACCGAGAGAUGAGGCACCUCAUUACCUCCUUACAGAACCACAUCACUCAACUCAAGGGUGAGAUUCAUCGCUACAAACGCAAGUACAAGGAAGCUGCAACUGAUAACAGCAAGUUCAAACGAGAAAUAGAAGAACUCAACCAGAAGCUGGCAGUGAGACAACGUAGCGCCAGUGUCAGCGAACGUCAGGACAGUGUCAGCAGUGACAGAGGUGAAGGAGGGAAGGAACCGGUAAGUCUGUGUUGAUAUUAGUAAGCUGUA